GUUAGGGGUUUGAGACCAUUUCUUUAAGCUCCUAUAGUUCUAAAUGCUCUGUGUCUAUCCUAAACCUUCACACUACAUUGUUAGAUAGUAUAUAUAUAUAUCUGAAUGCCCUGUUUGGGAAUGGUUCUGUGGAGGCGCACGGAACAAUGCGCGCUUUGCGCUCAGCCCCGUAAAUCGGAUUGGAGUUGCGUGGAAACGCAUGUGGCCGACAUGUCUGCGUGUGUAAAGUCGGGUCCGUCACCUCCUGCUGUACCAAAGCCUGAGAGUCGAAGGUCCAAGAGACUGAACCACUCUGGUGUGUCUUCAGUGGAGGAAAGCAACUUAGUGUCUGAGCGUCCCGAAGUAAAAGACAGAUCAUCAGUAAACGAAGGAGUCCAAAUGCCAAACGACUUCAUACCGAAUGAGCUUCUCUCUAAUCUCACCUCAACCUUCAGCCCACAUGGCGGACCUCAUGACAGCAAAAGCCACAAGCACACAAAGGUGUGUGGAAUACGUGCCCCGGAUGCGGUAUGGCACCACGGCGCUGGCCGCAAAAAAUACCAAUACUUUCUCGAUCAGCCAACGUCUAUGACUGGAGCUGGCAGGGACAUAUCGUUUCUGUGUGACGCUUUGGCAGCUCAGAGGGAGCGAAUCACUCUUCCGCCCAUGCCUGACAGGACCACCAUGUCUUCGGAAGAUGGUCAAAAGGGUACAAAUUCUAUUGGGACGUUAAUUCCAGAGGAAUACCACAUCCUGACCAAUAAAGGAGUAAAAGCACUGCAGUGCUAUGAUGACAAAUUUACAGUUCUGUUAGAGGAUGAGCAAAAGAGACUCAAGAUCUUUCCUUCCAUGAAGCCUAGUGGUCGUCUGGAGGCAGUGCAGUUGACAAGAGUAAUGGAUGAUAUGCUGGAAAAAGCAGGUGCCAAUAAAGAAUUUGAGGAGGUCAAAGACCUUUCACAGAUACAGGGUCUGCUAGAUGUGGUCAAAGUGGAGCAGAACAUCUACAACAUCGUAUUUCACGAGUUAAUCCGGCAAGUGAGCGUGGAGUGUAUCGAGAGGGGCCGACUGCUAGCUAAGCUCAGGCACAGGUAUGUGUCUCUACUGGACCGAAUCCCUCGUCAGCUCAUAAGCUUGCACACAGAGACGCUGGCACAGAGAGCUCUGGACCGCCGACUGAUCGAAGAAAUCAUCUGCUUCAAACAGUCUAUUGCACAGCUUCAUGAAGAGCUGAAUCAGCUGAAGGAGCAUGAUGAGCAUGUGUCAAAGCAGGCUGAAAAGGCCCAGGAGGAGCUUUCUAAAGCACUGAAGCAAUCACAGCUGGACUCCGACAUCGUUGGCGAGUACCACAAUCUAUAUGAACUGCAGCGGCAAAGACUGGAGAGACAAGUAGACAUACUGACUGAAGAGAAGGAUUUAUGGAGCAAGGUCAUCUAUAGCAUCGCUCUCAAGGUUAUUAAGUUAAACAACCUGCAGGUGGUCCGCAGACUUCACGUUAGUGAGCAGGCAUGGAUCAAAACUGCAGAGCAUUUCACCAACUUCCUGUCAGCAAAGGAUUCCGAGGACCUGAAACGCCUCGUGCACCUGACAGACCAGUGGAAAGAGCGACUGGGCGGUUUCAUGAAGAACCUCAGAGAGUCUGACAAAAAACAGUGUGAAGCGAUCGGUCCGUCCAGCAAGGCCUUGUCCGGUGGCAUGAGUUCUGUGAGAGUAUCGAGCCCUGAUGUCAAAUUUGAAAAGACUUUGGAGGAGGAGUUGUUGAAAGACUUGAGCCAAUGGUCAAUGGUGUUAACCAUGCAGUGUGAGCGUUAUGGCGGAGAAGACCUUCUGUCUGGUCAAGAAACUCUCCGCACGCUAGGGCAGCUGCAGGAUUCGUGGGUGGAGGUGUGUAUGCAGAUGUUCAAGAGACAUCCAGGAUUGGAUGGAGAGACUCCUAAGGGCCAGGAGAACAUGAGAGAACUGAGCCGUGCUAUCGCUGAGCUUCUCACGCAGCUGGGGGUCCGUAUCAACGGAGAGAGUGGAAUUCAUCAACAGAUGAUCAGUCUAGCUGGAGUAAUUGACACCUGGGUUAUGAGACUAAGGCCUCUUAUUGGACGGCCUGAAAAACUGCAUCUCUCCGAUUGGUCGAAGCUGGAGAAGGCGUUAUGGAGCUGGAUAAACCUGUGUGAGGAAGCCGUGGAAAACGUGGACAACACCCAGAUGGAGAGCGAGAGGAUGAAGCGUAUGCCGCACAGCAAGAUUGAACCCGAUGAUGUUCUGAACAUGCUGAGGGAGUUCGUCUCCUCGCAAAACCACUUCGUCGACUACACAAACCUGACGCUUUGUGAGGAGGUCAGCUCUAUGCACACUCUGCGGACUCGCUGGAUGGUGGAUCUUCUGAUACUGAUGGUGCCGGAUCAGCAUGAUGCCCAGGAGCUCUCUCGUCCACCGAGUCCGGAAUUAAACACCUUUAAGGAUGUGUCUUUUCAGAGGUUGGAGGAAGAUGCCAGGAAUCUUGCACAGAAACUGAACUACUACUCUACAUAUAUUAUAAGUUCUUGCCAGGUGAUCGUAGAGGAGAUGAUGCAGAAGAAUGUGACUCCAGAUGACACAGAAAAUGAAAUAUACCAGCUGAAGAAACUGCAGAGGGAGUGCACUGAGUGGGUGGACGUCUGUCAGAUCCUGCUCUGUGAUUUGAGGGGACGCUGUUCGGAGCUGGAGCUAACCGAGGGAGCUGUGCCGAAGACCAUCUCUGACCUCUCCUUAUCUGCUGAGCUUGAACCCUCUCAGUUUGACGUACAUGCCAAACCCGAGAAACCAUCAGAAGCCAAGGAAGAUGAGAAGGCAGCUGGGAGAACAGGAGGCAAACCUCGAAAAACGAUUAAUCAGGAGAUGGAAGACGACGUCACGGACGAUAAAAAGAGCGGCUCAGUCAUGAAGUUUAUCGGCCAUGAUGGCCAUAUUAUCGAACAGACCUUAGGAGAGGACACUGAGGACACCACUGGGACCAGUGAUCUUGUGCGCCCACGCUCUGAGAAUGCACAGCAGGCUUUUAAUGCACUGGCUACUGUGGGGUUUCUUCAGCAGGAGCUACUAGCUGUGGAGGCUCGUGCUAUCAGUGCUGAGAAGAGGGCUCUAAAGGCAGAGGAAGCCCUCCAGGCAGCUUUAGAGAAGAUCCAUGAUUUAGAGAAACAACAACCUCAACCAAGAACCAGCCUAGAACCCAAAGGGAAGGAGGACGUUCCUGAACUGAACGAGGUGAACCAGUAGCCCACUCCCAGCCCCAAAUCCACUAAAAGCACCAAGAAACGUUAAAUCAACAGAAAGCACACAACCUUCUGGGUUUAUAUAUUAACAGGCAACAUCUAAAAGUAAAUGCACUAUAUAUAUAUAUAUAU